AUGUCGACUUCCGACAACAGCAACUCGUCCAUCGUCCAAGACAGCCUCCCCACCGCCGCCGUCAAAGAAAUAAAGAGGUUGAUCUUUUUAAGGACCGCAGAGGAGAAGGUCUUUGAGUUGGAGGAAGACGUGGCAAUGGAGUCAGAUACUCUCAAGAAAGUCUUCCAGGAGAAUGAUGUUCCUCCCGAGACGAUUCUGUCCUUCCCCUACGUGCAGAGCUGGCAGAUGGAGAAGGUGAUCGAGUACUGCACCAAGAAACUAGAGCUCAAGAAAAAGGGUGCUGACGAUGGUGAGAAGGAAAUGAAGGCCUUCCAGGCCGAGUUCAUCCAGGACGUGAGUGCCACGAGAAUAGUGCAACUGCUUCACGUUGCGAAUCAAUUUGAAAUAGAGUAUUUUCUGAACUUUUUGUUUGAGUCCUUGGCUGAAAAGGCCAAGAACACAAGUGUGGAUACACUGUUCAGUGAUGUGAUAGAUGAUCCGCGCAGAGAUAAUUCAGUGCUGUUUGGAAAGUUUUGA